UGCUAUGAUGCUGAGCUGCGUCGUCCAGACUUGCGCCCUAAUCGCCUCGAGCGUGUGGAGGUCCUUCCCGGUGCUCGCGCUGUGCGCAUUUCUGGGGGGCGUCGGGCGCGGUGUCCGCUGCUUCCUGUUUCCCGUUCUGAUCUCGGACCGCUGCUCACUGGACGACCUUCCUGCCGCCCUGUCCAUCAUGAACGCCGCCUGCAGCGCCGCUCUGUUUCUCAGGACUCCGGUCAUCGGUUUCAUGCGUGACAGCAGUGGAACGUACGCGACGCUCCUUAUGUGUCUAGCAGGCAUCAACGUCGUCCAACUAGUGGUCUGGUUCAUUUACACUUCCGUAAAGAAGUGUUACUCGAGAUGAGGUGGAAGCGGAAAGCCGUGGCUGGGGUAACUGUUGGCGGCUUUCGAGAUUGGUGGGAAAAUCUCAAGCAAAGGUGAUUCAUGAAAAGCCCCAGGUCUUUCAGCGGCAUCAGUUAUCACUAAGCCCACUUGUCUCGUAAUAAACGCCCGCUAGCUGAGGGAGUUCUGGUUUUAAAAUGUUUAACAACGUUUCUGUUUAACCGAUCAUUACACAAUAGGCAGCACCCGGCUAUUGGCUCACACUCAUCCUUUAAUAAUGUUCUUGACGCCACUUGUACGUGAGGAAGCCCUAGCAAUGGAACAUCUGCACCAUGUAUAGGUAGGUAUACUGUCCGAUCCCCUUCCAGGCUUCCAUUGUCCAUAUGUACAGAGA